GCUGUUUGUCUAUGAAAACUGAUUGGUCGAUGGAUCCUCCAAUGAAGUUUGGAGCUGGAGAUGGUUCAGCUGAUCUGGGGAGCUGAAGCAGAAAGUGAUCAAUCUGGUAAGGAAAGAGCUGAACGAGUUUGAAAAGCUCAUGAUUUCAGAUUGUACAGCGGAAGGUGAGGACGAGGAUGAGGAGGAUACAAGCAGUAUGAGACAGGAAGUGCUGAAGAUCACCCAGCACAUCCUGAAGAACAUGGACCAGCCAGAUCUUGCUAACAAUCUGCAGAAAAAACUGGAACUGGUCACUGCAUAUCAGAUAAAACUCAAAACUAAACUGCUAUCAAAAUAUAAAAGGAUUAAUGAAGGAAUCUCCCAGCAUGGAGGCUCAGCACUUCUGAAUGAGAUCUACACUGAGCUCUACAUCACCGAGGGCUGGAAUCAAGACGUCAAUAAUGAACACGAGGUCAGACAGAUUGAAGCGGCGUCCAGGAGACCAGCAGCGCAGGAGAAACCCAUUAAAUGCAACGAUCUCUUCAGAGACGCGUCCAUCAGAACUGUUCUGACCAAAGGAAUUGCUGGAAUUGGAAAAACAGUCUCGGUGCAGAAGUGUGUUCUGGACUGGGCUGAAGGGAAAGCAAACCAGGACGUUCUCUUCAUGUUCCCGCUUCCUUUUAGAGAGCUGAACCUGAUGAAGCAGAAGAACCUCAGUCUGAUGGAGCUCCUGCAUUAUUUUUUUCCAGAAGUAAAAGAAUUACUUCAUAUAGACUGUGAGAGCCACAAAGUCGUGUUGAUCUUUGAUGGUCUGGAUGAGUGUCGACUUCCUCUGAACUUCCAGAACAAUCAGAACUUGUGUGAUGUAACAGAAUCAGCCUCAUUAGAUGUUCUGCUUACAAACCUCAUCAAGGGGAACCUGCUUCCCUCGGCUCUCCUCUGGAUCACCACUCGACCAGGAGCAGCUAAUCAGAUUUCUCCUGAGUGUGUAGACCAGGUAACAGAGGUACGAGGGUUCAGUGACCCUCAGAAAGAGGAAUACUUCAAGAAGAGGAUCAGUGAUGAGAACCUGGCCAGUAAAAUCAUCUCACACAUAAAGUCUACAAGAAGCAUCUACAUCAUGUGUCACAUUCCAGUCUUCUGCUGGAUUUCUGCCACUGUUCUGGAGAGAAUGCUGGAUGAAGCAGAAAUUGUGGAGAUCCCCAAAACUCUGACUCAGAUGUUCACCCACUUUCUGAUCUUCCAGCUCAAGCACAAGGAUCGAAAGUACCAUGGGAACCGUGAUCUUGAUCCUCACAAGACCAGAGAGACGAUUCUAGCACUGGGAAAACUGGCUUUCCAACAACUGGAGAAAGGAAACUUGAUCUUCUACGAGGACGACCUGAGAGAUUGUGGUGUAGAUGUCAGAGAAGUGUCAGUGUGCUUGGGUGUGUGCACCCAGAUCUUCAGAAAGGAGUUUGGGCUCUAUCUGGGGAAGGUCUUCAGCUUUGUACAUCUGAGCGUUCAGGAGUUUCUGGCUGCUUUAUUUGCAUUUUUCUGCUUCAUAAAUAAAAAUAAAACCAGAGAACAAACCACUGAACUGUCUGAUCUCUUCAACAACUCAAACCUGUCUGAGUUCCUGAAGAGUGCAGUGAACAAGGCCUUACAGAGUGAAAAUGGACACUUGGACCUUUUCCUUCGGUUUCUUCUGGGUCUCUCACUGGAGGCUAAUCAGACUCUCUUACAUGGUCUGCUGCCACAGACAGGAAGUAGCUCUCACAGCAAAGAGGAAACCAUCGAGUACAUCAAGAGGAUGAUCAGGGAGAAUUCCUCUCCAGAGAAAUCCAUCAACCUGUUCCACUGCCUGAAUGAACUCAAUGAUGAUUCUCUGGUGCAGGAAGUCCAAACUUACCUGCACAGAGGAGGUGACUGUUGCCUCAGGAAAAGCGUUCUCUCUUUUUCUCAGUGGUCGGCUAUUGUGUUUGUGUUGCUGAACUCACAACAGAAGCUGGAUGUUUUUGAUUUGAGAAAAUACGACACCUCUGAUGAUUGUUUUCUGAAUCUCCUACCAGUGGUUAAAGCAUCAAAAAAGGCUGAACUCACUGAUUGUAACCUGACAAGUGAAAGCUUUGCAGCUCUGUGUUCAGUUCUCAGUUCAAAAUCCUCCAGUCUGAUGGAUCUGGAGUUGAGUAACAACAACCUGCAGGACUCAGGAGUAAAGCUGCUCUCUGCUGGACUGAUGGAUCCCGACUGUAAACUGGAGAUACUGAGGUUGGAUGAUUGCAAUCUAACAGAAGAAAGCUGUGGAGCUCUGUCCUCCGUCCUCAGUUCUAAAUCGUCCAGUCUGAGAGAACUAAACCUGAGUAACAACAACCUGCAGGACUCGGGAGUGAAGUUGCUCUCUGCUGGACUGGAGAAUCCAGACUGUAAACUGGAGAUACUGAUGCUGUGCGAGUGUAAUAUGUCAGAAGAAAGCUGUGGAGCUCUGUCCUCGGUUCUCAGUUCAAACUCCUCCAGUCUGAGAGAACUGAACCUGAGUAACAACAACCUGCAGGACUCAGGAGUGAAGCUGCUCUCUGCUGGACUGAAGAUCCCACACUGUAAUCUGGAGAUGCUGAGGUUGACCGGUUGUAGUGUUGGUGAUGAAGGUUGUGCUGCUCUGGCUUCAGCACUGAAAUCAAACCCAUCAUCACAGCUGAGGGAACUGAAUCUGUACUCCAAUAAAGCAGGAACUUCAGGAGUCAAGCUGCUCUUCGAUCUACAAAAUGAUCCUCAAUAUAAACUGGAGAAAAUACUCACCGAAUUACGACCUGUAUCUGUCAGUAAUGUGGAUUUGGACGAUGAUGAUGGAGAUCUAUUUGAUGAGGAUGACGAUCAAUAUGAUGAGAAUGACGAUCAAUAUGAUGAGGAUGACGAUCAAGAUGAUGAGGAUGAUGAUCGAGAUGAUGAGGAUGAUGAUCGAGAUGAUGAGGAUGAUGAUCGAUAUGAUGAGGAUGAUGAGGAUUACGAUCAAUAUGAUAAUGAUGAGGAGGAUGAUUAUAUGCAUGAUGAUGAUGAUGAGUAGUAAGAUUAGUGGUAUGAUUCUUCUUCAUUAAUGACAUGGACCUUCUCAGGAACAGACUUUUCAACAUCCUUGGUUCAUCACAUCACUUAAUUCCAUCAGUACCUGAAUUUAACACUUACAUGCGGUCAGUGUGUUUACAUGAACAUUAUAAUCAGAGAGCUGCAAUAAUCUGAUUACUGAGUUUAUAUAAACCUCUAUAAUCUUGUUAUGGUAGACCUCUAAGUUUACAUGAAUCCGUCAGUAACGACAUUAAUCAGAAUCAAAACUUUAUAUCUAGUUCAUGUUUUACUAUUUUAUAGAUCAAGUAGUGCUAGUAGGGUUAAGGUUAGGGUUAAAGUUAGGGUUAAGGUUAGGUGUUAUAGAAGGUCCUGGUCAAAGAGCAUGAAGAGGUGUUAUACUGUUUAAUAACAACAUUUUUAAACAUCGAUGCCCCUGGUCAAACCUUAUGUAAGAAAAAGUAAAUACAUAUUGUACAGGGAACAAACGUAAAUAUUGUGCAUUUUUUUAACAGUGGCACAAGUAAAAUAGCACAAGCAGAAGUUUUAAUCAAUUCUUUUAAAUAUCUUUCUAAAAGCUCACAUGAUGAAGCAAAAAAGGCUGGAGCUUCUACAACAGCACAAAAUGUCUUAAAAUCCACCAUCAUGAACAGCCUGAAGAUAAACCGGCUGAAACUUCAUAGUGAAGACUCCAACAUCAUUUAAAAUUCACCUGAUACAUGGAAGAGUUGUCUGCCAGUCGACUUAAGGCGAUCUCAGAACUGAAAGCUUUCAGCAGGGAAGAGUGAAAAUGAUUGUAGUUUAUUGUUCUGUAAUAUUAAACGUACUGACAGCAGCUGGUCCAAACAUUUCUACGUGCCACAAUUUCAUUUUUGUAGUUUUAAGUUUAUCAAAUAUAAAAAAUAACUGUGUAUAAACAUUAGCGGAAAAUGUGACAAUAUUUUGAUGUUGAUUAUUCUGUUUUUAUUUUUACUAAAAUGGCAUUUGUAAAUGUGUGAAUUUAUAACUUGUCAUUAAACUGUAUGUCUUUUUUUAUUAAA